AUGAAAAUCUCGAGCUUCUCCGCUGUGUUCUUGGCUGCUGCCACUCCAUUUGCUGCCGCUGCUGGCUUGAAAGGAACGGAACGUCAACUCCAAACCUGCCCUGAACAAAUGUGCGGCAGAAACUCUGUAGCCCACUUCCCAGCACCUAGAUUUGAUCUUGAGAAUCUUCCAACUUUGGAAGAACUUGAUGCCUACUACGGCACCUUCUGCUCCUUUUGUGAGAUCGGCGAGAUUCUCAACCCGGACAUUCAGUUUUGCGACGCCCUUUGCUCAUUUGAAAUCCCUGAUAUUGAAAUCCCCGAUUUCUCCGAAAUCACCACCUGCUUCUCGGAAGUGUCAACCGUUCAGGUGGAGAACGUCGGUAGCGUCACUAUGAAGGACCUGAAGGGUUCCAAUGAGUAUGUUCAAAUGCAAGGUGGGUUUGCCAUCAUGGCCUACCAAAACUUUAUCCACAUGGCCUUGUCCCCCUUCCGAAUGUUCACCAUGGGUGUCUCCUCUGCGAUGGGCAACACCUACACCGAAGAUGGCCUUCCCACCUUUGCUGCAGCCGGGAUCAACCUUGGACAGUGGGCUGAAAGCCAAAACAUUCUCGUGCAAGCUGUCUUGUUGGUUGCAUUCAUUGCCAUUGCAGGAGCCAGCAUGGUUGUGGAGAAUACAUUCGGACCAUCUUUGGCCCCUCUUGCUUUGGCUGCUGGAGCUGGGGCAUAUGCAUUGAUGAAAAACAAUGACGUUACUUUCCGUGCCUCCAAGAUCAAGUCUGUCUAG